AUGGGCUCCCUCCUCUCCUCCCUCAAAGAGAAACGCAGUAAACGCAAAGCAUCAAAAUCUCAGCCGUCACAAUCGCAACCGCAAUCAUUGCUGCGGGACGUGGAUCAGGGGUUGCGCGACGAGCAUUUAGCUUCUGUGCCGCCACCAAAAGAACAAGUGCUGGAAGCCUCACGCGCAGAGCAGCAGAUACAAGGCGAGGGAAACAUUGGACAAACGGGCGGCGAGAUAGCUGCGCAGAAACAGGUGCAGGUCGCAGCACCAGUUCCGUUGGCUACGUGA